GAUUAUCGUGUUUUUGAUGAUGGCUCACAAGCAUUUGCACGAGUUGCUUGAGGAAGAUCAAGAGCCAUUUCUUUUGAACAAGUACAUUGCUGAUAGGCGUUGUCAACUGAAGAAACCAUCGCCUCAGACUCAUCUCCGAGUUAAGAAACGAAAACCCAUCUCUCGAAAUCCAAACUUCCCUUCAAAUUUCAGCAAAAACGCUUGUGUUUUCUCGUUCCACGACUCGCCGGACCACCCCAGGAAGUCUCCAUUGUUCGAGUUGGCAUCGCCGGCUAAAAGCCCUUGCAGGAAUCCCAACUCCAUUUUUCUUCACAUCCCAGCUAGAACGGCAGCACUUCUCCUCGAAGCCGCUCUCAGGAUUCAAAAACAAUCUUCGUCAAAAACCAAACACCACAACAGAAACAAUGGCGGCGGUACUGGUUUUGGGUUCUUCCGUUCCAUUCUGAAGAGGCUAACCCACCGCAACACGAACCGAAAGCGUGAAAUUGCUAAUGAAGGAGCAAAUGUUUCAGUCAAGGACAUAAUAAGGAGGGAUCCAACUGUGGCCAAAAACAAUCCUAGUCGAAGGAAAUUAUCUUCGUCGACAUCGAUAUCGGAAGACAAAGGUGGUUAUGAAAUGGGGCUUUCAUGUUCUUACAAUGGUAGAACAAGCAGUGCUGCUUGGUCGGAAAGCAAUAAAGAAAAAUCCAUGGACACUUCGUGUAGCUGUAGUCAAUCCGAGGAUUUCGAAGAGAUUUUAUUGUCCAAAGAUGUUUUAGGAAAUAAUUCAGCUUUUUCUUCUUGUGAUAGCCCUUUUCACUUUGUGCUUCAAAGAAGCCCUUCCUUUGGUCACCGGACACCCCUUUUUUCUUCCCCGGCGGCAUCUCCCGAUCGCCGCCAAAAACAGGACAAAGAGAACUAUGAAGUUGAGAGCUUGCAGAAACUGCAAGUAGAAGAAGAUGAGGAAGAAAAAGAACAAUGCAGUCCUGUAUCUGUGCUCGACCCUCCGUUCGAGGACGACGACGGUAGGCAUGAGAACGAUGGUUUCGAUCUUGAAUGCGGCUACGCAGUCGUACAAAGAGCAAAGCAGCAGCUACUGCACAAACUUCGUCGAUUCGAGAAACUGGCCGGAUUCGAUCUGAUCGAACUUGGGAAAAGAAUGAUAGAACAAGAGGAAUAUAAUGAUAAUGACGAUGACGGAAUUUGCAAUGUAGAAGAAGAGGAAUUCGAGAUCGAGUCUGUUUCAUACGACGAUGAAAUGAAUGCCGAUGGUCUUCUCCAAGAAGUUCUUAACUCAAGCUUCCACAAUCUAAGACAUGCCCCUGGAGGCAUGAAAAGGCUAGUAACUGACCUCAUCGCUGAGGAAGAGACGGAACAAAGCCACUCCGCGGAUAGCGAAGCAGUAACUAAAAGGGUUUGCAAGAGGAUGGAGUCAUGGAAGGACGUGGAAUCAAACACCAUUGACAUGAUGGUGGAACAAGAUUUGAGAAAAGAGCUCGACUGUUGGAGAAGACAUCAAGUGCAAAUGAGAGAGACAGCAUUAGAAGUCGAAUUCGCAAUCUUGGGAUUACUGAUGGAAGAACUAUCGGAAGAACUAGUGUCUUUAACCGGAGCUUGAUCUGGAACAAAUUUUGAAGAUGUUUCUUUCAUCCCCUCCAAAACCAUAUCUUAAUUAGAGUACAGUCUGCCUUUGCUCAUAGCACUAAUUGAAACGAUGCAAUGCUGAAAGAAGGGUAUUAUGUAUAUGCA